CUGUAGCACGAGGAGACCACGAAAAAAUCAUAUUGCGGCCGAGUUGUGAGCCCAACGCGGCCCUUUGCUAGCCGGCCUCGAGGCGAGGACCCAUUCGCGGCAACCUCGCUCGCCUACCACCUGGAGAACCGUGCGCAGCGCUCCUGGCGCCCCUGAGCUGACGCUGGGGCUGAGGAGGGCCGCUGGGCUCUCAGCAAACCCAGCAAGCAAACCGGCGGCCUCUGACACAGCUAACAGAUGGCUCCGCUCAGCCCAGAGCAGGCGCAGUCGGCGCGGACAAAGUUUGAGGAGUUAAAGAAACUGACCGAGCAGCGGCAAGCGGUCAACGUCGAGCUCCUCAAUAAACUUUCUCGAGCCCUUGAGAAGGUUGGCAUCAGGCCGGGCGCUGCGGCGCCAGUGGCAGUCGCGGGCAGCAAGCCGGCCAGCAGCUCUGUGAAGCGGCCAUCGCUGCCGGCUGGGAUCCCCGACGCCAAGCGGCCGAAGCUCGAUUCGGAGACGGACAAGAAGAUCCAGGACAUCUGGAGGCUGUGUGGCUCGACCGUGGAUUACCUGCUGAAGAAGAAGAACGCGCAGGUCUUUGGGCGUCCAGUGGACCCCGUUCGGGAUGGCGUGCCGGAUUACCUCAAGUUCAUCUUGCAUCCGAUGGACCUGGGGACCAUCAAGGCAAAGCUCAGAGAGCGCCGGUACAACGACCCGCGCGAGUUUGCGGCGGACAUGCGGCUUGUGUGGUCCAACUGCCGCACCUACAACCAAAUCGGCACGUCGGUGCGCCAGUGGGGCGACCAGCUGUCGGACGACUUUGAGCGGAAGUGGGCGGAUUACAACUGCGAGCAGCGCUGGGAUGACCUGAUGGCAACGCGGGACCCGCAGAACGUGUCGCUGGACCGGCGGAUAGCGUCGAGCGCGCGGCAGCUGCUGCAGCGCGUCAACUCAGUACAGCUGAUGCAGGAGGCAGACCCCACGCGCGCCAUGACAUCGGUGGAGAAGCGCAAGCUGAGCAUCGCGCUGAGCGAGCUGCAGGGCGACCAGCUGGCGGACGUGCUCAACAUCAUCGCGGAGAACCUCAAGGACGUCAACCCCGACGACGACGAGGAGAUCGAGCUGGAUGUCGACCAGCUGGACAACACCACGCUGUGGCGCCUGCGGGAGUACUGCGACGGCGUCGCCAACCGCGGUGCGGGUGGCGGCGGCCCCGGGCACGUGGCGCCAUCGAAGGUGGCGCCGUCGCGGGCCGUGGCCGGAGGUGGUGGCGCGACGGGCGCGGUGUCGCGGCCGGCACACGACAACGGCAAGCAGCAGGCGCAUACGGCGAAGCCGGCGGCACGGACGGAGAGCGGAUCGGAGUCGGACCGGUACUCGGCGGAGCAGGACGUCAAGGGAUCUAACAUGGUCGAGCAGCCGCAAAGUAAUGGGGUUGGCGUGGGGCAGGCACAGCAGCCGCAGCAGCCGCAGCAACCGCAGCAGCCAGACCAGCAGCAGCAACAACAGCAGCAACCGGCCGAGGGGACGGAGGGGGCAGAGGGAGAGGGUGGGGAUGCUGACAUGGCGCCAGCUGCCACGGCCACGGCAACGGCCACGGAAGCCGACGGCGAGGCGGAGGCCGGGGCAGACACAGCCGAGGGCACUGAAGCGCCUGAGGCAGACGCGGAGGCCACGGAAGCGGGCGCGGAGCCGACUGCCACUGCUGCUGAAGGCGCCGAGGCCGGCGGGCAGGAGACCGCGGAUGACGCUGAGGGUGCCAUGGAGGCUGCGCCUGCCAGCGAGGCCGCCGGCGCAGACGCCGCCGCUGCCGCAGGCGCGGAGGAGGCGCAACCCGACGACGGCGCUCAGGACACGGAAAUGGGGGACGCUGCAGCUGAGGCCGAGGCAGAGGGGCCUGAGGCGGCCAAGGGUGGUGCAGCAGAGGCGGCUGAGGCUGAGGCUGAGGCCGAAGCAGCUGGCACGGCUGCGCCCAGCGAGGCCGGCGACGCAGAGGCCAUGGAACAGGAUCAGCAGCCGGGCGAGGGCGGGACAGCUGAAGAGGCGGAGGCCGCGGAAGCCGAGGCCGGUGCAGAGGCCAAGGAGGCGGCUGCAGAGGCGGCCGCGCCCGAAGCAGAGGAGGCUGCUGAGGCAGGCGAUAAGCCGGAGGCAAACGCAGCAGCGGCCGAGGUGGAGGAGGGGGCUGGUCAGCCGAACUUUGUGAAAAACCAGCGUACCGCGAUUCCGGUGGACGAAUCGGCGACCGCGCCCAAGGACAAGUCCGCCAUCGCAACCGACAAGAAGUCAAACAAGGAUGUGGUGCUGAACGCGUCGGCCUGGCAGGACGCGGCGGAGGACGGGGCAGAGGGCGGCGGCGAGGGCGGCGACGGCGUGGGCGGCGACGAGGACGGCGAUGACCUGUGGGACUCGUUCCGCAGCGUGGCGGAGCGGGAGAAGCUGCAGAAAGAGGAGGAGGAGAAGCGGCGAAAGGAGCUGGAACAGGAGCGCGAGCGGGAGCGGCUGCGUGCGGUGGCGGAGGCGCGGCAGGCCAAGGAGGAGGAGGAGCGCAAGAUGCGCGAGGCGGAGGAGCAGGCGGCGGCGGAGGAGAAGCGCAAGAAAGACGAGGCGCGGGCCAAGGAGCUGGAGGAGCUGCAGAUGCAAGCCAACACGGCGCAGGUGUACCAGCCGCCCGACGCCGCGGCGCUGGGGUCGCUGGACCCGGCGGGGGCGGACAUCAACGACCUCGGGCUGACCUACAAGCACGAUGAGGACGGAGACGGCUUCGAGGAUUGAGGGCUGAGGGGAGAGGAGGAGGGCGCGGAGGCGGGGGCGGGGGCGGGGGUGGAGGAGGUGCUUGCCGAGAGGUUCUGUGGUGCAAGGAGAGGGUGGGGAGGAAGGGCCGUGAGGAGGCAAGGGAUGAGAGACAGCCAUCGUUGGCUUGGAGCGGGGCUUGUGUCUGAGCCGCUGAGGGCGCUGUUCGGACGGAGGCGCGGGCGGGAAGGGACACCUGGCUCGGCGCUCAGUGUUGUAGCGGUUGCGCGGAUGCAGGGGCGCCUGGCUUGGAACUGAUACGGUACUUGCCUAUGAAACACUAGAUCUGCGUAGGGCCGGCACUGCCACCGGACAAACAGCCAAGGAAAGUAUGCUAGGUGCAGCCGUGGUAGCGUAGGUGGUCUGAUGAGGACGGGCGAAAUAGUUAAUUGAAGGAGCGCAGGAGAGCGUGUGAGGGAGAGCGGUGUGAGCCGGAAUAGAGGGCGUUUGCGUGUGCUUGGGGACUUUUUACUUAGGUACAACAUAACAACCACGGGAUGGCGCAGUCAUUCGCCCAUGCCAGGAUAGGUGUAUGUGCAUCAGCCUGCUGUAGGGAUGCAUUCCCCAGGCUACUGAUGAAGCAGGGGUGGUGAGCAGAUCGUGUGGGUUGCUGGGCAACACCGCCAGGAGGUACGGUUUGUCAUACGUAGGGUGCCACAGAUGUAGCUAAGGCUUCAGCCUUGUUGGUUUGGAUGGCCCCCUUACCAAGUUACCCACCCGUCGUAUGAAAGACGUGGUUCCGCGGGGCUGCUGGGAGUGCAGCUGACAUAGCGCGUGGGUAGUGCGCUAGCCAAACGGUUUCCCGUGUCAAGACCCCAUGCAGCUU